AUGCAUAAGAAAUUUUACUCUUUUUUUUUUUCUAGCCUCCCAGGUGAGAGAUUGAAAGUGCUUGCCUGCCUGAAUAAACUGAGACAGCAGCACAUGGACAUAAUGAAGGUUUUUAAUGAUCCAAUUCAUGGGCACAUUGAAAUACAUCCUCUUCUUGUUCGCAUCAUUGACACUCCUCAGUUUCAGCGCCUUCGAUACAUUAAGCAGCUGGGUGGCACUUACUUUGUUUUUCCAGGAGCCUCUCACAAUCGCUUUGAACACUCUUUAGGGGUAGGCUACCUAGCGGGAUGUCUGGUUCGUGCGCUGAAGGAAAGACAACCAGAACUGGACAUAACCCAACGAGACAUCCUCUGUGUUGAGAUUGCUGGGCUUUGUCAUGAUUUGGGUCAUGGGCCAUUUUCACACAUGUUUGAUGGAAGAUUUAUUCCACUUGUUCGUCCAGAUUUGAGGUGGAAGCAUGAAACUGCUUCUGUUAAAAUGUUUGAACACCUGAUCACUUCCAAUAAACUAGAAAAAGUCAUGGAAUCGUACGGUCUUGUCGUGGAAGAAGAUAUGAACUUUAUCAAGGAACAAAUAGGAGGGCCUAUAGAUGAAGCUACUUGUGAGAAAUCGUGGCCCUACAUUGGUCGACAAAAAGAGAAGAGUUUCCUUUAUGAGAUAGUAGCUAACAAAAAAAAUGGCAUUGAUGUUGACAAAUGGGAUUAUUUUGCAAGGGAUUGCCAUCACCUAGGAAUCCAGAAUAAUUUUGAUUAUAAGCGAUUACUUAAAUUCACUCGGGUCUGUGAAGUAAAAAACCAGAAACAUAUCUGCACUCGUGACAAGGAAGUUGGAAAUUUGUAUGAUAUGUUCCACACACGGAACUGCCUGCACCGUCGAGCGUACCAGCAUAAGGUUGGCAACAUCAUUGAAAUAAUGAUUACAGAAGCCUUUCAAGAAGCAGACCAGUUUUUUAAAAUAGAAGGCUCUGAAGGAACACUCUACAGUAUUUCUACCGCCAUGGAGGAUAUGGAAGCCUACACUAAGCUAACUGAUAACAUCUACUUGGAGAUUCUGCACUCAAGUUGUCCAGAACUGGCUAAGGCACGAGAAAUUUUGCGUAAAAUAGAGCGACGUGAAUUAUACAAGUUUUUAGGAGAGACUCAGCCUGAGAAAGUGAAGGAAAUUGCAAAGAAUGAGUACAGUGAUCUGUCAGAAGAAAUUGCUAGUUCCAAGCCUGAAAAGAAUCCUCCAUCGGUGGAGCCAAAGGCUGAAGAUUUCAUAGUUGAUGUUAUCAAUAUGGACUAUGGAAUGAAAGAACAGAACCCUAUUGAUAAUGUUCUCUUCUAUUGCAAAGCUGAUCCUACCAAGGCGGUCAAGAUCAGUAAAGAACAGGUUUCGAAGCUUUUACCUGAGACUUUUGCGGAGCAGGUUAUUCGGGUUUAUUGCAAAAAUCAGGAUCCAGAUACUGUUUCAGCUGCAAAACAGUAUUUUAUUCAGUGGUGUAUAAGAAAGGAUUUCACUAAACCACAGGAUGGUGAUGUGGUUGCCCCUCAUCUAACUCCAAUGAAAAAAAGCUGGAAUAAUAUGAGAGAGGAUGAAUGCAGAGCAGCUUCAGAAUCCAGCUGCAAGCAAAGGCUUUCUUUUGAUAAGUAAUUCAUUUCCUUUUGCACUAUUCAGUCUCGUUCUUCAGAAGAUGUGUAGCCCUGAGUAUCAACGUAUUUAAAAGCCAGUUUAAUGGACUGUAGAAAUUUACAGAACAAUGCAGCAAUGCAUUUUACAAUACAGCAUAUGUACAGUUUGUUUUAAUGUAAACACUUAGACUAAGUGCAUAUUCAAAAUGGACUUUUCAAAAAGUAACAAAUAGCCUGUAACAAGUGGCCUGAAAAAAUUUAAUCAUCAUUUAUUUUGAAUGUAUUGACGCUUUGUAGCAAGAGAAACUUUAAAAAUUGAAAUUCACUGUAAUUACAAAAAGUACUGAAGACACAUUACUGCUUUUCCUGAUACUGAUCCUUUCUUAAGGAAAUAGUAAUGCUGCAUGAACUAGUAGAAAAACUGCAGCUCAAUUCUUUGCAGUACCUGAGGAAGAGAGGAGUAAGUAUGCUUUUUGAAAUACAGUGAGAUAAUAGCACUUUGAAAUAGCUAUAGAUGGCAACUUCAAGAACAAUAAAACAUUUAACAAAAAAAUUUGGAGGCAAGGAAAUGAGAGUUCUUUUUAAUAACCAAAGAUUACUUUUCUGGAAUUCAAAAAGUUGACGAAGAUGCAGUUCUCUUGCUAUAAAAGUGACCAUGCAAUUUUCAUUGCAGUAACAAUGAAUUUCAGUGACACACAGCCUUUUAUUGUUUUUUAUAGUGUAUUUUUGAUACAUUGAAUGUUAUGUUUUUACUGCUACAUUGAACUACAAAAACUACCCAAAACUUCCAUUCUUUGAGCACUUGCAAGAAAGCAGAGCUGGUACCUGAAUGUGAGUCAAAACACGUGGACAAUUCUUAGCAUGGCUAAUUAGUCCCAGAAGGAUGCUGCACGUGGCUCUGCUCCUUCUUGCAACCAAGUGCACCUUGUAUCUGCAUUACACUGUACUAGGAAGACCCCUUCAGGAAUUCCUCCAUUGUUGCAUCCUUUCCCUGUUUGUGGCUUUGUGAUGGCUGUUCCUGUGUUUUUUGUUGUGUUGUUUUGUUUUUUUCUCCUGUGUAGAAUUAUAAGGGUUCCUACAGUUUCCCUUAUUGGUGAUACUAACGUGAGUGUUGCUAAAUGACUGUCCAGUUGAAAAAGUAAAUGGGGAAGAUUUUUUUUCCUCUCAGCUUUUACUCAGGUCUCAAAUAUUCUUUUUGAAGGCUGCUUUCAUUAAAUAAAAUGCAAACGUUUGAAAAAGCUCACCGUCAAAACUAAAAAUAGCAAGCAAAAGAUUCUGUAAUGCUGAGAAAUUGGACAGAGUUUUAGAUUUUUAUAACAUAUGAAAAAAAAAAAAAGAAAGAAUAGUUCAGCAAUUGAUUUUUGGCAGUCAAGCUUUGGUAUCUAGGUUGCUUUCUGAAACUGACACAGUGGGAAGUCAUUAUAAGAGAGAACUUCAUACCUCUUUUCAUAUCUGAUUACACUUUCUUUGCCCUCUUUAUUGUGGCAACUGAGAGCUAUUAGGCAGAAGUAAAGAGAAUGAGUAUAAACUACUUAUUCAGAUUUAAUUUGAUAAAGUAACCAGAAAUUGUUUUGUAUUCUAGUGCUUUCUUAUGAACUUGUGCUUAUGUGUUUAACGGGGAUGCUGUGCAGCCUCUGCUGUUCAUGUCUUUAAUGGUGUUUCAUAUCUACAGGUGUACCAUGUAACUGCUAUUGGAAGGUAUUGUGACCUCUUUGAAAGAAAUUUUUAUUAUGCUUCAAUAACUAACAUCAUAGAGUGAAGGCAUAUAUCUCCCUUAUCUACAUGAAAUCAAGUAUUUACUUGUUCAGAAUAAUGUCGUUUUCUUAUUGUUGCUUGGGUUUGUUUUGAAGCUGUUCUAAAAGGUGCACUUUAUGUUUGGGAAAAGCUUUUUGCUUAUGUUAACCAUGUGUUUCAGAAAUUUGUACAUAAGUCCAUCAGAUGUUAACUUCUGAGACAGAGCAUUUCUUUUUCUCAAACAUGUUAAUCUGAGCCUCUCUGGACUAAAAAUAAAUUUAUAAACAAUGACUUUAAUAUUC